CCCCUUCUCUUUAUAUACGAGUCUCAUAUCUCUUAUCUUUCUGCAGAAUAAAAUUUUCAAACUAAGCAAAUUCUUUUUCUUUGGCUUUCUCCUCUCUUUGUAUCUUCUCAUAGCUAUGGUUUCUUCAGAUACUGCUAGAAACGUGGUUGGUAUCCUAGGAAACAUCAUCUCACUCUUCUUGUUCUUAUCACCAGUGCCAACUUUUGUUCAUAUAUGGAAGAAAAGGGCAGUGGAGCAAUAUUCCCCAACCCCUUACCUUGCCACCUUAUUGAAUUGCAUGGUAUGGGUGCUGUAUGGGCUGCCCAUGGUGCACCCUAAAAGCUUAUUGGUUAUAACCAUAAAUGGAUCAGGGACAGCCAUUGAAAUUCUCUACAUUAUCCUUUUCAUCAUCUACUCAGACAAGAAAAAGAGGGUUAAAGUGCUGCUAAUAGUGCUUGUUGAGCUUAUUUUCAUCGCUGGCCUUGCCAUUCUGGUCCUAACUUUAGCCCACACCACCAAGAAAAGGUCUAUCAUUGUGGGGUUUAUCUGCAUAUGCUUUAACAUCAUGAUGUAUGCCUCCCCAUUAUCAGUCAUGAAGCUUGUAAUUACAACAAAUAGUGUGGAGUAUAUGCCAUUCUUCCUAUCUCUUGCUUCCUUUGCCAAUAGUCUUACCUGGUCUACUUAUGCUCUCAUCCUUUUCGAUCCAUUCAUCCUUAUUCCUAACGGGUUGGGUUCGCUACUUGCAUUGGCGCAACUGGCACUGUAUGCGGUGUACUACAAAUCUACAAAGAGGGAAAUAGCAGCAAGGGAAGGGAAAGCCGAGUUGGGUUUAUCACAAGUAGUUGUGAAUGGAGAUUCCAAGAAGCCACACACUGCAUCUCUCAAUGCUUCUUCUGCUUCUGGGAUCAAAUAGGACUUGACAGUCCAAUCUAAUUUUCCAAUGGUAGGACCCUGUUUCUUGGGUUCCCCCCCUAAUGAUUUGGGAAGGUAACCUACCAAAGGUACAAUUUGCUGCGUAAGCAGCCAACCAUGGUUUUUGCCUCAUCAAUCUAUGUUUUGUGAUUGGUUUUUCUAUAUGUAGUUUUGGUGUUUUAAGAACCAUAUGUGAGCGUAUGCUUGAGAAUGUCAUAAAUUUGCUUUUGGUAUACCA